AUGCUGGCUUGUGGGAUGGAAGCAAUGAAGAACGACUAUGAUGCCAGUUUAUCACUGGCCACAGGCGGAUUCGAACACAUGAUUCGCAUGUGGCAACCGAGCACUGGGAAGUACAUUCAGGGCUUUCAGCAUCCUGAGUCUCAGGUGAAUGCGCUGGCGUUUUCACGAGAUGGACACUUUCUCGCUGCUGCUGGGUAUGGACGUGUUCGUGUGUACAAUACACAUGGGGAUGCGACGCCUGCAGUUGUCGUCUCCGAGUUUAGCAAGAAUGUGAACACAGUAGGGUUCAAUGACGAGGGUAAUUGGAUGUUUGCGGGAUCUGAAGAUCGUGUGGCCAAGAUAAUUGAUUGGAGGGCUGGAGGCAAUUUGUGGAUCACGAGAGUGCACCAGACUACCUCGAGCAUUAACUCUAUGUUACUUCAUCGGAAUCAACAUGAAAUUGUCAUGGGCACAAGCAAAGGUGAAAUCAUAAUAUGGGAUCUACGUAACAAUGAAUCCAACAUUCUUCGUCCCGAUCCACAAAACGGACCGAUUCAUAGUCUUUCGGUCAACCCUGAUAUGACCUCCCUUGCUGCGGUGAAUUCCGGUGGCCAAUUACUUGUCUGGUCAUUGACAGGAAAUUCCACAUGGCAACCUAUCGAAAAGCGUCGAUGUAAAGUUCACUCUACCUAUGCUCUAAAAGUGCUGUUUUCCCCGGACAGUACACUUGUUGUCACCUGUGGAGCCGACGGACAUUUCAAUGUACUCAAAACCGCCGAUUUCAGCACCGUAUCACGUCAUAAAGUGACAUCGUCUGGACUGUAUUGGGUUUGGGACUGUGCUUUUUCUGCAGAUUCGCGCUUCCUUAUCACCGCUACUUCGGACGGCGUCGCCCGCCUAUGGAACUUGGAGACUGGUGAAGUCCCCAUUGAAUACAAAGGACACCAACAAGCUAUCACUUGUCUUGCCUUUCGGGACCACUCGCUUUCUUAAACGACAGUCUAUGAAUACAGAUUCUACCUGUACAGUGUAAUUUCAACUACUUUUUAUUAAUAUGUACCUUUAUUUUGCUUCUGAUAAAACCGCG